UCACUGACGGCAGCGGGCUUGGUACCUUGGACCAUGAAAUGAACAACGCGGGGGCAGGGUUUAUGACUGCAGCCUUUCUCCUAAGGAAAGAAUUACAAGCCGCGGGAAAGUUAUCUGACUAUGUUGCCACCAUGAAAUGGUACAACGACUUCGGCGAGAUUUACCAAGCUCCAUUUGAAUACGUUGGUACAACCGCUGAUCGAAUGAGAACUAUUUCAUUGUGGAGAUUAUUUGCUGUCCUUAUGAUGCCUACCUCCACAACAAAAGAAAAACAGGAGAAAAUUCGUGACAUGAAAGCACUUGGCCGAUGGUACGCCAACGCCUUAUCUCCAAAUGAAGGUUUUGCAGGAACACUUAAGCCUGACUACGUUGGUUACCAUCACAACAGUUACUAUGCUUCUGCUUACACACCCCAUGCUUUACACAAGGCUGCACUCAUUCAGUACCUGCUUAGCGGGACAGAAUUUGCAUUAGGCGCUGAGACGGAGGGAAACAUUAAGAAAGGACUUGAAGUAAUGAGGAUUGUCUCUGUUAAAUAUUCUUCACCAAACAGCGUCUCAGGUCGCUUUCCAGGAUUCAGUCGCGUAAUUCUGGCAAAGUCCUUCCCUGCUUAUGCUUAUGCUGCUGCCACUGCUCCAGUUUUGAACGAUGACGGCUCUUUUGGUGAAAUUUCUACUUUCAACAAUGAAACCCUCCAGAUGUUUUUGCGGCUGUACGACACAACGGAAAAAGCGGUUAACGAUUACCUGGGAGAUGGAGCGAUUUUUACUAAUAUUUAUUAUCUGAAUUCCAUUGGCUCGGUUAACAUCAUGGAGGAAAUUCACAAAAAGGCCAAUGCAAUGAGCAUCCAAGCAGAGAGCUCUCCCCAAGGAUGUUGGACCAAGAAUUAUGCAGCAUUUAUCAUCCAAAGACGAGAAGACUGGGCGGUCACUGUUAAAGGAUUCAACAAAUAUAUUUGGGACUUUGAAGCUUCAGGAAAACAGAAUGUCUUUGGGCUUUAUCAGAGUCAUGGCGCGUUACUUGUAGCAAACAGCGAGGAGGCUCUUUUAACGCACGAUAUCGACAAUGGCUGGGACUGGACACGACAUCCGGGUACUACAACUAUCAAAAUGGAUCUCGAUCAGCUGAUAAGCGAUAACCGCAGAUAUUUUCAACCAAAGCGAUUGGCUGGAGGAUUAACAUUGGUCGGCGGUGGGGACUAUGCAUCUGGGAUUUUUGGAAUGGAGUUUUCCCAGCCUCCCUAUCGCUUUCCAUCUGGAUCCUUUCAAUUGGACAUCAACUUCAGCUUUAAAAAGAGCGUGUUCUUUGCUGAUUACGUCAUCAUUUGCUUAGGCACUGGUAUCACCUCUUCUAACAGCUCUCCGAACAUCACGCAGACUUCAUUGUUCCAGAACAAGCUGCUAGAUUCCGAUAAUCCGUCAUCUAUUCUCAUAAACACUACCACCCACUCACUCAGUACUGAUUUAACUAGAGAGCCUUCCUUUUUUGGAGACGGGGACAAUGCGGCUACGCUAAGAGAUGUUAACGGGAAUGGUUACUACAUUCCUAAUCCUAACAGCCAAGGACUAAACAUGAAGAUCAGCCUGCAAACAUCCAGGGACCAAAGUGGAAGAGCAAGAGAGACAUCAGCUCGGUAUGCUACAGCUUGGCUUAACCAUGGCGUCAAUCCAUCGGACGCGAAGUAUGAAUACACUAUAGUUGUGAACAAACCUGCAAACGUUGUCCAGGUACUGGCCACAAGGCAAGCAAGUGACAACAAAGUAUAUGAAGUUCUCCACAAAGACAACAAAGCCCACGUGGUAAAGAUCAAUGAUUGUCCCAGGGCUGGUGAAACUCAGUACGGAUAUGUUUUCUUCGACAAAUCUGUCCGCACCCCUGGUCCAGUUAGGCGCGUGGACAAGGUGCCUUGUAUUGUGAUGGUGGAAGAGGUGGAUAACAACAACUUAUACAUCGCUGUCUCUUCUCCUGAUCUUAAUUUCAACAUUACCAGAGACCUGGAAGUUGGUAGCCAGGUUAACGGCGAUGAACGGUUUUACUCUAUCAGUAUGCCAGUAGAAAUACAGGUGUUUGUCAGAAAUGCUGUACAUGUGACUACUGGGGACGUGAGGGUGAACGGAGCCGUUGUCCCAGGUACCGACAAAACAAAUCAUGUGACAGUGAAGCCGAAACCGGGCAGCACUACAGAAGGGCGUGUUAUCAAGUUCAAACAGCUUGUGAAGGGAUUCAGCAAGGAAGUUAAACUCACGCGAUGAGCUCAAGAGGAGAAACUACCAGGAUGGAUUGUGAUUGGCUGGCUAUAAAUUAUUUCCUUUGCCGUUGGUCAUGCAGAUCGACUUUGUUUGGACUCUGUAUGUUCUUUCAGUUGGUUUUUCAUUACAUGACUUGAUUUUGUGUCAUGAGCAUAAAUGUAACAAGACAUGAAGCAAUAAAUUGCAUUGUCCUGAUAUACGAGUUGUACAGUUUCGAUGAACUUACCUCCAUUCAGAUCGAAGAAAGCAUAAACAGC